GGCGAGGGCGGGCCGUGUGACGUAGCGCUGUGGCUCUGAGGCUGUUUAUUGUUCCUUCCUCAGCACCGACCGAGAAAAACAGGCUAGCAGACAGCGAACAAGCUUUCCCCAACGGUUCACAGUCGGUUUAACGAAGGUGUAGCGGCCGAGACAGGUGACCACACCAAACAGGGGCCAUGGCGUAUGCGUACCUCUUCAAAUACAUCAUCAUCGGAGACACGGGUGUGGGGAAGUCAUGUCUAUUACUACAGUUCACAGACAAGAGGUUUCAGCCAGUUCACGACCUCACCAUAGGUGUGGAGUUCGGAGCAAGGAUGAUCACCAUAGAUGGCAAACAGAUCAAACUGCAGAUCUGGGAUACGGCCGGUCAGGAGUCGUUCCGGUCCAUCACCAGGUCUUACUACAGAGGAGCAGCUGGAGCACUGCUAGUCUAUGACAUCACAAGAAGGGACACCUUCAACCACUUGACGACCUGGUUAGAGGACGCGCGCCAACAUUCCAACUCCAACAUGGUCAUCAUGCUCAUCGGCAACAAGAGUGACCUGGAGUCGAGGAGAGAGGUGAAGAAGGAGGAGGGGGAGGCGUUUGCCAGAGAACAUGGCCUCAUAUUCAUGGAGACCUCAGCCAAGACUGCUUCUAAUGUAGAGGAGGCAUUCAUCAACACAGCCAAGGAGAUCUAUGAGAAGAUCCAGGAGGGUGUGUUUGAUAUCAACAACGAGGCUAAUGGUAUUAAGAUUGGACCCCAGCACCCUACCACCAACUCCACGCUGUCCGGUAGCCAGGGUGGACAACAGGCCGGAGGGGGCUGCUGCUGAAGCCCCAAAACACACCUCCUCCCUCAGCCCCAACCCUUCCUCCUCCUCCUCCUCCUCCUCCAUCCAUACUCCCCCUCUCCUCACCCAAGUCAUCCCUCCCCUGUGUUUCAACAGAACUGGUCAGGCUCACUAACAGUUUGUUAACCUCUGUCUCUCUCUCUUUCUCUCGCUCUCUCUCGCUCUCUCUCUCAUGUCCUCCCUAAGUCUCUCACCCAUACCCAGGGGUCUAGGGGCUGUGGCCCAUCAAGUGAACCAUACGUACUCCUCCUCCUAGAGGGACAAAGUCAGCUUAACCAAGGCUAAGGCUUGCCCACCAAAUUUCUGAAGGAUUCACAAUUCUUCUUUUCUUUUCCUUUUGUAAAAGUAAAAAGAUUUUAAUCUGUUAUUUUUAUUUGUUUAAAAAAGGAUCAAGAGUUGUGCCCUGCUAGAAUGCAAAGGGCGGGUGUUAAGAUGGUUAUAUCAACAACGUCGCCAUUUAGUGUCUUGCAUACAAAUGAACAUCAUACAUGAUAGUCUAUUUCAGUGCUUCAGAUGGUACAGGACUGUAUCCGUGGCGACGGGGAGCUGACUUUGUCCAGAUAGAUAGGAGGCGGCUGCACUUAACUGGCUUCAUGGGAAAGGAAGCACGUUCUGUGUUGUGCUUAUACACACACGGGUGUUUUUAAAGAAAGUGACGCUGCGUGUCGACACAGCAUGUUUCCUCACGCCGAGUCAUUUAUCAUCCUGUGUGUUUAUAGGGAUGAUGUGGUUGUGUUAGUCCCAGCAAGUCAGAUUUUUUCGGGUGCAGCAGGCAUUCAGAUCACUCAUGUCACUAUAUGUCAACCAACAAACCAACCUCUGUCCAGAAAACCAACUGUGCAUCAUGUUACUCUGUGCUUCUUUCUCCUGGAUCUUACUUUUUUUUUUUUUUUUUUGGUCAGUAAUGGUUGUUUUCUCUCUUUUUCUCUGCUUUGUGUCUUUUUUUUUUGUUGACUGGGAGAUGAUUUGUAUUUAAUGAACACUACAAACUGGUCAUGGUUUAAAACAUAAAAAAAAACAAACAAAAACAAAAAAAAACAAGAAGUGUUUUAAAUUGUCUGCGGAGUCUGAAUAAAAGACCAAACAGUUGAGUGUGAAAUCGGAUGGUUGUUGGAUUGGACAGAAACAACAGAAAAGAAAAUGAGGAGGAAAGGGAAACGCAGAGGGCAUGUUGAGAGCAGCCAUGGUGAAAUGAAGUUAAAGAAAAAAGAGGGAAAAAAAAUUAGUUUAAAAAUGGAAAUUGACUUUUUUUUUAAAAAAAACAACAACAACAAAAGAAUCUGUAUUUAUCUGGCGCAUUUCUGUGUAUAUAUGGCUCCUUAGGUUUCUAUUGCUGUUUGCUGUUUUGGGUGCUAGCUUGGCAUGUUGUGGUCUAGUUAUUUCUUCACCAGGCUGGAGGAAUACCUGGACUGGACCUUUUUAGAACGGCUCUUGAGCAUUUCUUGUAAUUCUCCUUUAAACCGAAAGGCACCAAGUUAUCCAGUUAGAUUGCGUUUCGCGUUGCCCUUCGAUUUAAACAAGAAAUAUGAACGAUAACCGGCUGUUUUUAUGGCAGUUGAAGGACUAACGCAGAGGCUUUGAAAGUCCCUGGUGAAGAACGGACUCUAAUUGAAAAUGUCAA